CCCUUACCUCAUUAGAGAGUUGACGCAGAGAGGGUCGAUUGAACACUGUAUCGCAGUGUUCCGGUGGAUGAAGAACCAGAAGAACUACUGUGCGCGUAAUGAUAUAUACAACAUGAUGAUUAGGUUGCAUGCUAGGCAUAACCGAACUGACCAGGCUCGUGGAUUGUUCUUUGAGAUGCAAGAAUGGAGGUGUAAACCUGAUGCUGAGACUUAUAAUGCUCUUAUCAAUGUGCAUGGUCGAGCUGGACAGUGGCGUUGGGCGAUGAAUAUCAUGGAUGACAUGCUGCGAGCUGCUAUUCCGCCAAGCCGGUCAACCUAUAACAACUUGAUAAACGCCUGUGGCUCUAGUGGAAAUUGGAAAGAAGCACUUAAUGUUUGCAAGAAAAUGACAGACAAUGGAGUUGGGCCUGAUCUUGUUACACACAAUAUUGUGUUAUCUGCAUUUAAAAGUGGGGCUCAGUAUUCAAAAGCUCUGUCUUAUUUUGAACUAAUGAAGGGAACUCACAUUCGUCCUGACACAACUACCCUUAACAUUAUUAUCCAUUGUCUUGUGAAGCUUCAACAGUAUGACAAAGCCAUCGAUAUUUUCAAUUCCAUGAGGAAAAAUAAGUCAGAUUGUAGUCCUGAUGUUGUAACUUUUACCAGCAUCAUACACUUGUAUUCUACAUGUGGGCAAGUUGAAAAUUGCGUGGCUGCAUUUAAUAUGAUGCUUGCAGAAGGGCUGAAACCCAACACAAUCUCAUAUAAUUCACUAAUUGGUGCAUAUGCUGCUUGCGGGAUGGACAAGGAGGCACUUAUGGUUUUCAAUGAGAUCAAACAAAAUGGUUUCCGGCCAGAUAUUGUGUCCUAUACAUCUUUGCUUAAUGCUUAUGGAAGAUCACAAAAGCCUCAAAAAGCAAGAGAAAUAUUUGCAAUGAUAAAGAAAAACAGAUUGAAGCCUAACAUUGUUACUUACAAUGCACUAAUUGAUGCCUAUGGAUCUAAUGGUUUGUUGGCGGAGGCAAUUGAAAUAUUGCGUGAGAUGGAACAAGAUGGAAUUUAUCCAAAUGUUGUCUCAAUAUGCACUCUCUUGGCUGCCUGUGGGCGGUGCAGUCAGAAGGUGAAGAUUGAUACAAUCCUAUCAGCAGCUGAGAUGCGAGGCAUUAAAUUGAAUACAGUUGCCUAUAAUUCAGCUAUAGGAGCCUAUAUGAAUGUGGGGAAAUAUGACAAAGCUGUAGGCUUGUAUAAAUCUAUGAGGAAGAAAAAUAUAAAACCUGAUUCUGUUACUUGCACUGUGUUGAUAAGUGGUUGUUGUAAUAUGUCAAAAUAUAGUGAAGCCCUAGUUUUCAUGGAAGAAAUGAUGCAUCUUAGACUUCCUUUGACCAAAGAGGUCUACUCUUCUGCCAUAUGUGCUUACAGCAAACUGGGACAAGUCAUAGAAGCAGAAUCCACAUUUAACUUGAUGAAAUCAUCUGGUUGCUAUCCUGAUGUAGUGGCAUAUACUGCAAUGCUUGAUGCAUACAAUGCAGGAGAGAAUCGGGAAAAAGCAUAUGCACUCUUUGAAGAAAUGGAAGUGAAUGGCAUCAAGCUAGAUACGAUUGCAUGUGCUGCCCUGAUGAGGGCCUUUAAUAAAGGUGGUCAACCAGGAAGGGUCCUCAGUCUUGCAGAAAGUAUGAGAGAAAAAGAUAUUCCUUUCAGUGAUACCAUUUAUUUUGAAAUGGUAUCUGCCUGUAGCUCAUUGCAUGAUUGGAGGACAGCGGUUGAUAUCAUGAAGUACAUAGAGCCCUCACUUCCUGUAAUUUCGUCUGGAUGCUUGAACCUUUUCCUCAAAUUUUUAGGAAAAAGUGGAAAGAUUGAAACUAUGUUGAAGUUAUUCUACAAGAUGUUGGCAUCGGGUGCUGAUAUUAACCUCAACACUUAUUCUGUUAUAUUGAAAACCCUCUUAUCCUCUGGAAACUGGAGGAAAUAUUUAGAGGUACUACAAUGGAUGGAGGAUUCAGGAAUUCAACCAUCAAACGAAAUGUACCAUGAUAUAUCCUCCUAUUCACAAAGAUGUGUUGGGGCUGAGAAUGCUGCAGUGGUAAAAGAAAGACUUGAAUCCGUGAAGGGAAAAUCCAGGGAACGAUUUUCUCCAAGCCAAUCACGUGAGUCCACUGCACUCAGCUCACCCUUGUUUUCGAAUUAGUUAUUACUUAGCUAACAUGCUGUCCCAAAUCUAAUUUCCUCUAUAGACACAAGUCCAUAUAAUAAUUGGAUGAGUGAUAAAAAAGUUACAGUUCACUUCUAUUGUGAGUUUGCAUAAAAGGAAAAGAAAAAGGA